AUAUAUAUCUCAAACAACAUGUUUAGACAGUUGCUUUCACAAAAGACCACAACAGGUCUAGUUUCAGCAGCCUGGCGUACAUCCGCCAGUGCUUCACCCUUGCGCACAUAUGCCUCCAGCAAGACUACUACAUCAUACGUGAACGUGACCAGCCCCAACGAGAGUGUGUUCACCGCCCUGGACACAUUCCCACGUCGCCACAUCGGCCCAUCAGACGAGGACAUCAAUGUGAUGCUGUCCAAGAUCACGACUUCCAAGGCGUCGUCGGUGCGCCCCACCUCGCUCGACAACCUCAUCGAGUACACUGUGCCCAAGAGCAUCAGCAUGCAGCGCGACCUCGACAUCGAGGGCAACCACAUCAAGGGUGAGAACCAGAUUCUGGCCGAGUUCCGUGAGCUCGUCAAGAAGAACAAGCUGUUCCGCUCGUUCAUCGGCAUGGGCUACUACAACACGAUCACGCCACACGUCAUCCAGAGAAACAUCCUGGAGAACCCAGGCUGGUACACCCCAUACACCCCUUACCAGGCAGAGAUCUCACAGGGCCGUCUCGAGUCGCUGAUCAACUUCCAGACCAUGGUGACCGACCUCACCGGUCUGGCCAUGGCCAACGCCUCGCUGCUCGAUGAGGCCACCGCCGCUUCCGAGGCUGUCACCAUGUGCAUCAACCUGUCCAAGGGCAAGAAGGACUUUGCCUUCCUCGUGGACAAGCGCUGCCACCCACAGACUAUCGACACCAUCAAGACCAGAGCUGAGCCAAAGGGCGUGCGCAUCGAGGUGUGCAGCUAUCAAGACUUUGACUACUCUCGCAACGACGUUGUCGGUGUGCUCGUUCAGUACCCCGCCACUGACGGUUCCCUGCGCGACUACAGGGCCGUCGUCGAGAAGGCCCACGCCAACAAGGCGUUGGUCGUCUGUGCCACCGAUCUGUUGGCACUCACCAUGCUGACCCCACCAGGCGAGUGGGGCGCCGACAUUGCCCUUGGUAACUCACAGCGCUUCGGUGUGCCUCUUGGAUUCGGAGGCCCACACGCCGCAUUCUUUGCCACCAGCCUCCAGUACAGUCGUCAGAUUCCAGGUCGUAUCAUUGGUGUCAGCAAGGACAGCGCUGGCAACCGCGCAUACCGCAUGGCAUUGCAGACUCGUGAGCAGCACAUCAGACGUGAGAAGGCCACCAGCAACAUUUGCACAUCCCAGGCUCUCCUUGCCAACAUGGCCGGUAUGUACGGUGUCUACCACGGACCAAAGGGUGUCAAGCAGAUAGCCCAAGCAGUCCACAAGAAGACAAUCAUUUUGAAGAAUGGACUUGAGAAGCUCGGCUACGAGAUGUUGGAUGCACCAUUCUUUGAUACGAUCAAGGUGAUCACCAAUGAGCACACUGACAAGGUGCUGAGGGAGUUGGAGAAACGUGAGAUCAACAUUAGAAAGACAUGCAACAAGUCCGUGUCGAUUUCUCUGGACGAGUCGGUCACACCAACUGACGUUCAGCGUCUGCUCGAGGCCUUUGCCGCCGCCAAUGGACAGAAGUUGUCAUUCACUCCACAGUCGCUCGAGAAGGAGUUGGCCGAUGGUGCCACCGCCAUCCCCGCCUUCCUCCAGCGUAAGUCCGAGUUCAUGACCCAUCCAGUCUUCAACAAGUACCACAGCGAGCACGAGUUGCUCCGUUACAUCCAUCGUCUGCAGAAGAAGGACUUGGGUCUGACCACAGCCAUGAUCCCAUUGGGCUCAUGCACAAUGAAGCUCAACGCCACCACUGAGAUGUACCCCGUGUCAUGGCCCGAGGUCAACUCGCUCCACCCCUUCGCCCCAUCCUCCCAGACACUCGGCUACAAGGAGAUGUUCGACUCACUCAGCAAGAGUCUUGCUGAGAUCACUGGCUUUGCUGGCACUAGCUUGCAGCCAAACGCCGGUUCACAGGGUGAGUACGCCGGUCUGCUGGUCAUCCGCUCCUACCUGCGCUCGAUCGGUCAGGACAAGCGUGACAUCUGUCUGAUCCCCGUGUCUGCACACGGAACCAACCCAGCCUCCGCCGUCAUGGCCGGCAUGAAGGUCGUGGUCGUCGCCUGUGACGAGCAGGGUAACGUCGACGUUGCCGAUCUGCGCGCCAAGGCCGAGAAGCACAAGGACAACCUGGCCGCACUCAUGAUCACCUACCCAUCGACUCACGGUGUGUUCGAGGAGGGUGCCAAGGAGAUCUGCCAGCUCAUCCACUCGCUCGGUGGUCAAGUCUACAUGGACGGUGCCAACAUGAAUGCUCAAGUCGGUCUCUGCCGCCCAGGCGACAUUGGCGCAGACGUCUGCCAUCUCAACCUUCACAAGACCUUCUGUAUCCCACACGGUGGUGGUGGUCCUGGCAUGGGCCCAAUCUGCGUUGCCAAGCACCUCAUCCCCUUCCUGCCCGGUCACUCUGUCGUUCCAGACGUCAGCACUCCACAGGCCAUCGGCGCCAUCUCUGCCGCACCAUGGGGCAGCAGCUCGAUCCUCCCAAUCACCUACAUCUACAUCAACCUCAUGGGCGGCGUUGGUCUGAAGCGCGCCACCCAGGUGGCCAUCCUCAACGCCAACUACAUGGCCGCUCGCCUAAAGGAUCACUACAAGAUCCUGUACACAGGUUCGCACGGUCUGGUGGCCCACGAGUUCAUCAUUGACCUGCGCUCAUUCAAGGAGACGACCGGCAUCGAGGCUGAGGACGUCGCCAAGCGUCUGCAGGACUACGGCUUCCACGGACCCACCAUGUCAUGGCCAGUGGUCAACACACUGAUGAUCGAGCCCACAGAGUCCGAGUCCAAGUACGAACUGGACCGUCUGUGUGAUGCGCUCAUCUCCAUCCGUGGCGAGAUUGCCGAGAUCGAGUCUGGCAAGGCCAGUCGCGACAACAACCUCCUGGUCAACGCUCCACACACUGAGCACGUGAUCACCUCUGACAAGUGGGAUCGUCCAUACACACGUGAGCGUGCUGCCUACCCCUCAGUGGCCACUCGCGAGUCCAAGUUCUGGCCAUCAGUUGGUCGUGUCGACAACGUGUUUGGAGACCGUAACCUUGUGUGCGCCUGUCCACCACUCAGCGACUACCAAUAG